ACUUGAUUAAGGAUUGGGUUUCAACUCAAACAACCAAAAACCUUCAAUCUCUGAAAUGGCUUCUUCUUGUUCAUCAUCAUCUUCUUCAAUAUCUCUAAUGGCUUCUCAAACCUUAAUCCUCCAAAAACACACUUUCCUUAAACCCUCAUCAAUCCUCCCUUUUUCAAAACCCAAAUCCCUAAAACCCCUUCAAUUCUCCCUCACCAAAAAACCAAUCACCUCCUCAUUAUCCUCAACGGCGCCGGCCACCAACAUCACCACCACAACUCCACCGGCAGAACCCCUUUUAUCCGGGUCAACCCGAACAAUCACAACUCUAUUUGCAACCGCCUUAACCAUUUCCAAACUAUUUACAAACAAACUCACUCAUUUGGCUGUGCAGCAACAACAGAAUCUGUUUUCGCUAUCUGGGCCGUUGUUCUUCGCCACGAUGAGUGGCAGGCCUGCAAGGCUGCACACCCCAUUGACAGUUGUGGCAGCUGGAAUGGCGAAAUGGCUUGAUAUAUAUAGUGGGGUUUUGUUGGUUAGGGUUUUGUUGAGUUGGUUUCCUAAUAUUCCGUGGGAUAGACAGCCGUUAUCGGCUAUUCGGGACUUGUGUGAUCCUUAUUUGAACCUGUUUAGGAAUAUUAUCCCUCCGGUUUUCGAUACCUUGGAUGUUAGUCCUUUGUUGGCUUUUGCUGUUUUAGGUUUCUUGGCUGGAAUUCUCAAGAACAGCAGGAUGGGGUACUAAUUGCAAAACACAGUUACAGAACAGGGGUUUGCACAUUCAUGGAUAGGGGUCUGGUGGGCUAUUCAAAGCUGGUGUCUUGGCGUCUUCGAAUUUUGCUGGUUCUUGUAUUCGUAAGCAAUAUCAGUAUUAUUAUACUAAUGUAAUAGCAUUGAAGGUACUAUAGCAUUAGUUAUCUCAAUGAUGAUUGAAUUGGUCCGCUAGACGAUCAAUUUAAAUGGGAUUUUAUGUAAUGAUGACUUUUACAUUUUAGCAUUUGCUAUGUAUACGAGUACUCUUCAAAUUAUCUUUA